AUGACCACUCCCAUCCAGAAUGAUCCUGUCGCCAUUCAGGAGCCUACCCUUCAACAUAUGCUUGAUGCUAUGCCUCAGUUCUGCAAACGACUUACGAUCUGGGAGAAGAAACACGCUGAUUUGGAAGUGCCUCUGACUGCCCUGGUUUGCGACCAGAUCCGAAGGCUUUGUGCUACCUACACGCAGCUCAAGACCCAGAUUACCGAGGCUGGCUAUAUCUCUCCCGAGAUUAUUCAACAGACACAAACAUGCUGUAUAACACAGCUUGUCGUGACGUGGGAUCUUCUUUCUUUCCACGAACAAGCAGAACGCGGUGGCCAAGAGGGCGCACUCAAUGUAUUAUACGCACGCAUGCACAUUCUCAACAACAACAUUUACAGCGACCCCCAGCAUCACAAUGACGGGGAAGAUAAUCUGGUCCACCUCGUGUCAGAGCUAAAGCGGUAUCUAUCAGAGCUUGGUCAGGAUGAACCCAUAACAGCAGGGAUCGCUGUGCAGCGAUUCCACCUGCAGCAACCCAGGUUGCACGAUUCCUCUUCCCGAGCCUACAAGCAAUUUCGCCCCCGAUACCUGCACAAUUACAAAAGCCUAGCGGACACUCAGUAUACCCUCGAUCCGGCGGGAGAAGUAUUCACAGGCAGCUUUGGCAUCGUGCAAAAGGUCAACAACAAAAGAAGCGGCAAGCCGCUCGCGAUGAAGACUUUUAAUCAAGUCUUCUCCGAGAAGCAAGUGAAGAAAAUUCUGAGAGAAAUUGGAAUUCUCGAGGUUUGCAGUCAUAAGAACAUUGUCCGGUUUGUCGAGGCAUUCAGGACCGACGAUGACGAUCAAUCGAUACGUCUCGUUAUGCAUCCGUGGGCGCCGUAUACACUGUUACGGUUCCUUCACAGUUCCGAUGGAAAAAGAAAGGCUCGCUGUCCCUGGUUUCAACAAAGCUCGUCUCAAUCUAGCUGCUGCAUGAUCUAUCGAAUCAUGUACCAGCUAGCUGACGCAGUCGAUUACCUGCAUGGACAUGCUAUCAAGCACAAGGAUCUCAAACCCGACAAUAUCCUUCUAUAUAAAGAAGCAAGCGACUACCCUACAGCAUUGAUUACUGACGUUGGUGUCAGCAAAGUUUACAUACCUGGAGCUCCUACCAACUACAAGGACAGCACUUACGAAUACCUCGCUCCAGAGCAGCAUGCAAUGGUAGCGAGCACCUUCAAAUCCGAUAUUUGGCAGCUGGGAUGCUGCUUUGCCGCGAUUCUUGCCGUGGCAAGCAAAGGGCAGUCCGGCUACGAAGAGCUUCAUGAGAGCUUCAAUCGGGACGAUGAAAACUGUCAAUGCUCUAUUGCACUCGAGCAUUCGUCAUUCAUGUCAGCAUUCGGGGCCAUUUGUAUGCGAGGCAACCCUGCGCAGAAGAUGGCCUACGCAGUGGUUGUCGGGAUGCUGGAAUUGGAUCCCCAACUCAGGCCAAGUAUUGACUCGGUCAAAGUUGCUCUUAUGAAAUUGCCCGGUAUGAAAACCGGGGAACCCAAUUGCUAA